UUCACGCACAGUCUGUGUAAUUACAUUUUACCUUUACGCUCUCUCUCUCUCUCUCUCUCUCUCCAUCUGGGAAGCGUUUUCUCGGUCUCGAUUCUGUUCAGUUCCUACGAUCAUCAUCACCAUGUGCUACGGCCCCGAGCGGCCCCUCUCCAGAGACCAGUUCACCGCACCUCUCCGGCCCCUCACGGGCCGUCGGCCCCCGCCCGCCAACGAGGCAGCAGUCGAGGAUCUGCGGGACCGCCUGGCCGAGACGGAGGCCCGCCUCGCCCGCGCCAGGGCCCGCGAGGCCGAGCUGAGCCGCCGCCUUCAGGAGAUGAAGCGGUUCGUCUCCGUCAUGGAGAUCCUCGAGACCUACCUCAAGCGCCGCUUCCGCGAGCAGCGGGACCGCGCGGAGCGCCUCUUCGCUCCUCCUCCGCCUAGCAAUUAGCUAAUAACAAGAAUGAGAGAGGGGCCAGGUUGUUGUCUGGCUGAUUACCAGAAUGUCUAUAAUGUACGAGCAAGUUAAUUGUGAGAUUUUCUCUUUGAUGGAGGGUGGCAUUCUAGAGUAAGUCUUCCCAGCUUCUAAAAUUGUGAAGUAACAAGUUGAUAAGUGUGAUUUUUGCUGUCUUCCAUAUCAAAGCCUUUCUCUAGCGUGGGAGAUCAGCUCGAAAGUCUCAGUGGUUAUUUGUGUAAAUCGACUAACCAUGACUUGUAAGGACUCCUUUUCCCGAGUAAAAACUGUCACUGCUGAGAGCUUAGAUAAAUAUUUGCAGUUUUACUGGAGGCCAUUCUUUUCUGAUCGGUAUGCAUAUCUUUUGAUUUCUUAUCUCUGUUGAACUUUCUUUUCGUGGUGUUCGUAAAUGUCCCUGUUUUCUGUUAGAGGGAACACUCCCAAUAACCUUUACAUUCCGUGGAGUUCCUUCUUGUGUCAUUGUUUACUAUUUCUCUCGAAUUGCUCAUCUCGUAUCUCAUUUACAGGUGAUGAAAGCUCAGCGAAGGCUUUUCAUUAAACGAGGAUAAGUCUUGUAUUUCAAUCACAGGUAAUGAAAACUCAAAUAUGCGUCAUAAAAGUGGGUUUGGUCUCCUUUAUACAAGUGACUUUACUUUCUUUGCUUGUCCCUGAAAUGAAUGAUAUACUUGAUUGAUUCUUUUUCCCCUGAGGAAUAGUAUUCCACAACAUCAACCAUGAACAAGCAUCUCUCUUUUUUAUCACUCUGAAAAGUGGGCAUUCUUUACUUUUCCUUUUCGAGUUUACUAUUAAGGAUAAAUAUCAAUGCUAGUGAAAGAGAAUCGAGAAGUCAAGCUAGGGUUUUCGGUAUAGUUAAUGGGCACGAUCGGGCUAAUUCAUUGGUUAUAUGUGGUUUCUACCAAUCUCUCAACGACCGGUCACCAAUGAGAAAUUUUGGUCGAUUAAGUAGGUUUUAAUUGUAUCAAAUUGUUUAUUUGGGUUCCUGUGAUCUUGUUCGAUGUUACGUGACUUUUAUAAUAGUUGUUCUAAUCUUAACGGGUCAUUGGCUUUUAUGUAAAACGAGGAUGAAACAAAGCAAGAUCCCUCUACUUUUAUGGAUUACACAAUGGGGUGUGACAAAGCCCAGCUAGGUUCUGUUUGUAUGCACUUUUCCUUGCAUCCGAAGAUCUCUUCUAGGGUAGAUUUUGGAGCCCACUGUUACUAUUUGGGUGUGUAAAUUUAUAACUUACCAGAUUCUUGUACUUGUAUGCGCUCUCAUGCAAGUCGGUUUCAAGGACUGAAUUAGAUAAGGUCAUUGCACAAACUCGGACGAACACGCCGGAAGGACAGAAAGGUGGUUCGUAAAAUUACUUCAGUGUUCUGCUAGCGCUUUCCUUGAAUAACACAAAGGACAGUACAAGUUGAGUCGUAAAUGUGUCCAGAUACUCAAAA